AUGCCCACCACAUAUACCAUCACCAUCCAAAACAACUCUGGUUCCAACCAGAACUACGCUCUCUUUAACGAGGUUCCCAAGCUUGAAUCUUCUGUGAGCGCCAAGGUCUGGAACAAUGCUCUGAGGACAGCUCGUGCGGGACCCAACUCCUCAACCACCUUUAACAUCACAUCGCAAUUCUUUGCCUAUAUUGGUUCCUCAAGCGGAGUUCCUGGCCAAGAUGAUGUUACUGUGGAUGUCUCCAGCUCGAAUGAGGUCGAGCUCGGCUCCACUGAUCUUGAAGGGAACCCCAAAAAGGGCACAACUCUCAAGAUGGAUGUCGUUGAUAUGGCACCCCAGUUUACUGGCAAGGUCGCUGCUGGUGGCAAGGUCGGUGCUUUUAGCAUCCAGACCGCUGCUGGAAACGAAGAUAACCAAUUUACCUUCAACAAUGCCAGAGAUAACGGCUGGGUCAUUGGUCUCGGAAAGGUCAUCAAUGGCAAGACUGUCCCCGCGGCGACUAUAAUUCCGCAGCCGAACUGCAGCUACCAAAUCCAGCCCGUCAACAAAUGGUACAUUGCAUACGGUACCUACAGAGCUGGUCAGGUCUGCAACUUCGAGAUGUCUAGCCUUGACAAGGCAACAGUCGACUUUGCAAACUCUUCAAAUGCCAGGGUUAUUCACAGCCCUAGUGGACAGCUCACUACUCAGGCACAGUAA